AAUAUGAUUCAUGUCCAUCAAUGAUCACUCCCAUCUCAUUUCCUGGAAGUCUUUCUACGUCUGUCUUCAAGAUCACACAAGAUCACCUAAACAACCUAAUUGCCAAGUGUUACAGAAAUGGAACCCCUACUACAAAGUAUAGCACCUACAAUAUCCUGGCUGCACAUGUAUGGCGUUGCGUAAGCAAAGCACGAUGCCUCUUACACAAUCAAGCAACAAAGCUAUCCAUGUCAGUUAGUGGAAGGCCUAGAUUGCGUCCUCCCCUCCCAUUAGGCUACUUUGGCAAUGUUAUCUUUCGAGCUUCAACAAUCGCUCUAUCGGGUGAUCUCCAAACAGAACCAUUAAUGAAUACUGUGGAAAGAAUUCACAAAGCACUAAACCAGAUGGAUGAUGCAUACCUGAAGUCAGCUCUUGCCUACUUGGAGAAAGUUCCUAUCAAUCAAAUUUCUUCAUCACCAAGUGAACAUGAGCAGCAAUGCCCAAAUCUUUUCAUCAACAGUUGGCACUUGCCUAUUCAUGAUGCUGAUUUCGGCUGGGGUCAUCCCAUAUUCAUGGGGCGGGGGAAUAUCGGUGAAGGAAUGAUAUACAUACUACCUAGCCCAACUGAUGAUGGUAGCUGGACAUUGAUAGCAGGCUUAGAGACCUCUCACAUGAAGCACUUUCAGCAGCUCAUUUGUCAGAAGCCCAUUUGUAACCUUUGAUAUCCUCCAUGACUUUCAAAAUCCUCCAUGGCUUUCAAACCAUGCAGGUGCAUUGUCUAUGUAAUAAAGAUUUUUCUCAAGAAACUUCAUUCUACUAAUAAAUUUAAUCUCUUAUG